AUGGAGAAUGCGUACACCAAGACGCCUGCCGAGGCGCUGAGGCAGUUCCAGGUCGAGGAGCAACAGGGCCUCAGCGCCCAGCAGGUGCAGAGCGCACGGGAGAAGCAUGGCAAGAACGCGCUGCCAGAAGACCCGCCGACACCCAUCUGGGAGCUCAUCCUGGAGCAGUUCAAGGACCAGCUGGUCAUCAUCUUGCUAGGCUCGGCAGCAGUGUCGUUCGUACUUGCCCUCUUUGAAGAGGACGAAGGCUGGACGGCUUUCGUCGACCCGGCAGUCAUUCUCACCAUCCUCGUCCUCAACGCCGUCGUCGGAGUAUCGCAGGAAACCAGCGCCGAAAAGGCCAUUGCGGCUCUGCAAGAAUACUCCGCCAACGAAGCCAAGGUCGUGCGCGAUGGCCACGUCAAACGCGUCAAGGCCGACGAGCUGGUCCCUGGAGAUGUCAUCUCCGUUACAAUCGGCGACAGGAUACCCGCCGACUGCAGGAUCUUGUCUAUCCAGAGCAACAGCUUCAACAUCGACCAGUCCAUUUUGACCGGAGAGAGCGAGAGCGUGUCCAAGGACACCCGGGCCGUCAAAGAUGAGAACGCCGUCAAGCAGGACCAAGUCAACAUGCUCUUCUCGGGUACCACGGUCGUCACGGGCCAUGCGACUGCGCUGGUCGUCCUGACAGGCGCCAACACCGCAAUUGGAGACAUCCAUGAGAGCAUCACGGCACAGAUCUCGCAGCCCACACCCCUCAAGGAGAAGCUCAACGACUUCGGCGACCAGCUCGCAAAGGUCAUCACGGCCAUCUGCAUCCUCGUCUGGCUCAUCAACAUCCGCAACUUCAACGACCCCUCGCAUGGCAGCUUCACCAAGGGCGCCAUUUACUACCUCAAGAUUGCCGUCUCGCUCGGUGUCGCCGCCAUCCCCGAGGGUCUGGCCGUCGUCAUCACAACCUGCUUGGCCCUGGGCACGCGCAAGAUGGCUGCAAGGAACGCCGUCGUGCGGAGCUUGCCUUCUGUCGAGACUCUCGGCAGCUGCAGCGUCAUCUGCUCCGACAAGACUGGUACCCUCACCACCAACCAGAUGAGCGUCAACAAGAUGGUCUUCCUCAACGAACAAGGCAGCGGCCUUGAAGAGUUUGACGUCCAAGGUACUAGCUUUGCGCCCGAGGGCCAGAUCUCACUUCGUGGCAAUCCUCUCGAGAACCUCGCGGCGCAAUCCGACACUGUCCGCCAGAUCUGUGAAGUCACGGCGCUUUGCAACGAUGCCGCCCUUGCCUACGACUCCAAGAAUGGCACGUAUAACCUCGUCGGUGAGCCUACUGAGGGUGCCCUUCGUGUCCUAGUAGAAAAGGUUGGCACUCCCGACAUUGCCCACAAUGCCACGCGCGCCAGCACCUCGCCUGAAGGACGCCUCGAUUUCGCCACCAAGCACUACGAGAGCCAGUAUUCCCGCCUAGCAACCUACGAAUUCUCCCGCGACCGUAAGAGCAUGUCUGUCCUUGUAAAGAAGGGCAACUCGCAGAAGCUCCUCGUAAAGGGCGCCCCCGAGUCAAUUCUUGAUCGUUGCACCAAUGUCGUCGUUGGCAAGAACGGCAAGAAGAUACCAAUGAGCAAGCAACUGGCCAGUCUUAUCAACAAGGAGAUCGUCGAGUACGGCAAUCGCGGUCUGCGUGUCAUUGCUGUGGCGUCUGUUGAAGACGUUGAAUCGAACCCGCUUCUGGCGAAGGCGAAGACCACCAAGGAGUACACUCAGCUAGAGCAGAAGAUGACUCUCAUCGGUCUCGUCGGCAUGUUGGAUCCUCCUCGUCCUGAAGUCCGCGCCUCCAUCGCCAAGUGCCGCUCUGCUGGUAUCCGCGUCGUGGUCAUCACUGGGGACAACCAAAACACUGCCGAGUCCAUCUGCCGUCAGAUUGGCGUCUUCGGACCCAACGAGGAUCUUACUGGCAAGUCUUUUACUGGUCGCCAAUUCGAUGAUCUCUCCGAAUCUGAAAAGAUGGAAGCCGCUAAGCACGCAAGCCUCUUCUCCCGCACUGAGCCAACGCACAAGUCCAAACUCGUCGACCUCCUUCAGCAAGCCGGUGAGGUGGUCGCUAUGACUGGUGACGGUGUGAACGAUGCUCCCGCACUCAAGAAAGCUGACAUUGGUGUUGCCAUGGGCUCCGGAACCGACGUAGCCAAGCUCGCCGCUGAUAUGGUCCUUGUAGAUGACAAUUUCGCUACCAUCGAAGGCGCCGUCGAAGAAGGCCGCUCUAUCUACAACAACACUCAGCAGUUCAUUCGCUACCUCAUUUCGUCCAACAUUGGAGAAGUCGUGUCGAUCUUCCUGACUGCCGCUAUGGGUAUGCCUGAAGCUUUGAUUCCUGUCCAACUCCUCUGGGUCAAUCUCGUUACCGACGGUCUCCCCGCCACCGCUCUCUCCUUCAACCCUCCGGACCACGAUGUGAUGAAGCGCCAGCCCCGUAAGCGCGACGAGCCUCUCAUCAGCGGCUGGUUGUUCUUCCGUUACAUGGUUAUUGGUACCUAUGUCGGUGCCGCAACUGUCGGUGGCUAUGCGUGGUGGUUCAUGUUCAAUAGCGACGGUCCUCAAAUCUCGUUCUACCAGCUCCGCCACUUCCACCGCUGCUCUACCCAGUUCCCUGAGAUCGGCUGCGAAAUGUUUAGCAACUCGUCUGCCCAGGCUGCGUCAACCGUCAGCUUGAGCAUCCUGGUCGUAAUCGAGAUGCUCAAUGCCAUGAACGCUUUGAGCAGCUCAGAGAGUCUGCUGACACUGCCGCUCUGGGAAAAUAUGAUGCUCGUCUAUGCCAUCUGUUUGAGCAUGGCCUUGCACUUUGCUCUCCUCUACAUUCCGUUCUUGCAGGGACUCUUCAGUGUCAUCCCGCUAGACGGCAACGAGUGGAAGGCGGUCAUGGCCAUCAGUGCGCCUAUCAUCAUCAUCGACGAAGGUCUCAAAUUCCUCGAGCGCAAGUUCUUCAUCCAAAAGGGCAACGAGAAGUUGGAGCUUGUCGAACAGCAAAACGGCCGGGCGAAGAAGGACUAG